AUGGCUGCCGAAACGCCCGUGGGCGUCACAUUCGUCGACACGCUCAAGAAGUCUUUUGUCGACGUUCCCGUUGAUCCUGCAACCAAGGCAAUCGACACAGAGACCUUCCUUGAAGCCACUGAGUCGUUGAUUACCAUUUUCGACAUUCUCGGUGCCACGGCCUUCAAGCUUGUCAAGGACGAUAUGCUCGGCAAUGUUGCCAAGAUCCGCAAACGGCAGCUUGAGGCCCCCGGUGUCUCUGAGACACUACAGUCGCUUGUCGUCAACGAGCUGAAGACCAAGAAACACAACGCGACCGAGGGCCUGCUAUGGCUGUUCCGCGGCCUCGAAUUCAUGUAUACAGCGCUGUCCGAGAACAUCAAGACCGAUACCGAGGAGCUUAAGACGUCCUUCAACGGGGCAUACAAAGAAACCCUCAGCAAACACCACAACUUUGUAGCUCGCACCGGCUUCAGGAUUGCCAUGGCUGCGUGCCCGUAUCGCAAAGACUUCUACGCCCAGCUGUCGCCGGACUACGAUGUUCUCAAGCCGAAACUAAACGCGUGGCUGGCGGCCCUGAAAAACAUUGUGGAGAUUCUGGAAACGUUCCUUGACAGCAAGGAGGCCAAGUGGUAG